AUGUUCAACGAAGACAUAUUGCCUCUGAAUCCGACAUUGACACCGGUGGAGUAUGGAGGUGCUACGUCGUUGACUUCAUCCAUAGAUCAAUCUUGCUUCACACGCACUUUAAUCCCGAGAAAUAAGCAAAAAAAAAAAAGCUAUCAACAUAUGUUCAACUGUGAGCAUCAAUAUAUUUCAUCAACAAUUGCAAACGAGCGCCAUUUUAGUGCCAUCGAUGAAUCUAAAGGUGAAGUUAAAGACGAUGGUGGGAUUUGCACUUGUAACAGGAAUAAGAAAUAAACCCACAUGAACUUAUGUUCACGUAUGAACAUAUGUUCAUAUAUGAAUAUAUGUUCAUUUAUGAAUUUGCUUUAUUUUUUUUCUUCUUCUUUCAAUUGG